GGAAGAAAACUUUUCUGUGCUGUGUUACGUGGAACCAAAGGAACUUUAGAAAGCAUCGCUGCAAGAACCAGAGAUUGGAUUUAUCAUUUACUGGUGCAGUACAGAAGUCUGACAAUGUCCAAGCAAAACGGUGUAUUCCAACGUGUGGACCUCCAGUAUCAGACAAAUAACCGUGCCCACCACACAGAGGAGAUGGACACGGAGCAGCUGGUGGUGCGCCGCGGACAGCCCUUUUCUCUGCUGCUACAGUACACAGACAGCCCACCUCAGCCUCCAGACCACCACCUUGCCCUUGUUCUCCAUCUAGGUAAAAAAGGCGAGGUGGUUAUGAGGGUGUCAGGUUCAAGAGCAGCUCAUGGUAAAUGGUGGUUCAGUGAGCAGGCUGCUCAGAAUGAGGUGUUAUUGCAUGUCCACAGCCCGGCAGACGCUUCUGUGGGCCUGUACAGUGUCAUCGUGCUCCUGCUCUCUGCCGAGGGCCACGUCAUAGAGAAGACCACCUCUCACUCCUUCUACCUGCUCUACAACCCCUGGUCUGCAGAGGACUCUGUGUACAUGCCUGAUGAGGAGCUUCUGCAGGAGUACAUCUUAAAUGAGAACGGCAUCCUGUACCAGGGCUCAUGGGACCAGAUCACUUCUCUGCCAUGGAAUUUUGGACAGUUUGAAAAAGGUGUGGUGGACAUCUGCUUUGAGAUACUGGAUAACUCCCCCACUGCCCUGAAAAACUCUCAGAUGGAUAUCACUAAGAGAGCCGAUCCUGUCUAUGUCAGCAGAACAAUUACUGCAAUGGUGAAUGCAAAUGAUGACCGUGGGGUGGUGUCUGGACGCUGGGAUGGGGAGUACAGCGAUGGGGUGCCACCCACACGGUGGACUGGCAGCGUGCCCAUUCUGAGGCGCUGGAGCGAGGGUGGGGCUGAAAGUGUGCGCUAUGGGCAGUGCUGGGUGUUCUCAGCUGUGGCCUGCACAAUUCUUCGCUGUCUGGGCAUUCCUACCCGAUGUAUCACAAACUACUCCUCAGCCCAUGACACCGAUGGCAACAUCAGUGUGGACUACUUGUUCAACGAGCAGCUGGAAAGUGUAUCUGAUGGGAGAAAAGACAUGAUCUGGAACUUCCACUGCUGGGUGGAGUCCUGGAUGAGCAGAGAGGACCUUCCGAAAGCUUAUGAUGGGUGGCAAGUACUUGACCCAACCCCACAGGAAAGGAGUGAUGGUGUGUUCUGCUGUGGGCCAUGUCCAGUCCGGGCGGUGAAAGAGGGAGAGGUGGCUAUGAAGUAUGAUGCUCCAUUCGUGUUUUCGGAGGUGAACGCAGACCUGGUCUGCUGGAUCAUUCAUCCAGAUGGGGAGCGAACACAAGCCUCAUUGAAUAGCGGGACAGUGGGAAGAAACAUCAGCACCAAAAGUGUGCAUGGAGAGUACAGAGAGGACAUCACUGGAGAAUACAAAUACCCUGAAGGUUCUAUAAAGGAGCGAGACGUCUAUGAGAAAGCAGGGAAACGAGUGGCCAAGCAAAACGGAGGGCCCGGUCAGCUGCAGCUCUCCAUUAAACAUGCCCAGGCUGUUCAUGGCACAGACUUUGACGUGAUUGUGGAGGUGCAUAAUAUUAGUGGAGAAGACACACUGGCACACCUCACAGUCACAUCUAAUGCUGUCACUUACAACAGUCUCCACAGGGGGGAGUGUCAGAGGAAGACAGCUGAACUCACAGUACCUGCACAGAAAGCUCAUAAGGAAGUGAUACGGCUUUUAUAUGACCAUUACGGAGGGUGUAUCUCAGAGCAUCACCUUAUCAGAGUCACUGCACUCCUCCAAACCAGCGGCCCACACAACAUCAUCCUGCAAGAAGUCAACAUCCCUUUAAAAAUGCCUAAGCUCCAUAUUAAGGCGAUUGGAGAAGCUGUGGUCUCACGCAAACUGACAGUGAUCAUCUCCUUCACAAACCCCCUGCCUGUCACUCUCCGAAGAGGUGUGUUUACCGUGGAGGGUGCAGGACUAACAGAAGAGCAGGAGAUCCAGUCCCCUGGUGAUAUUGGACCCGGCCAGUAUGUUGCAGUCAAGUUCUCCUUUAAACCCAUUCGAGCUGGCCUGAGGAAAUUACUGGUUGACUUUGACUCUGACAGACUGAGAGAUGUGAAGGGUGAAGCUGCUAUUAUUGUUCAGGAGAAAAAGCUCUGAGAGUGCUUUAAUGUCUCAAACAUGUAAUUCAGUGGCGUUUGGAAGGAGUUUUAAAAGGAAAUAUGUUGUAAAUGAAAACAUGAAAAUGUUUCUGAUUGCUUGAUAACUGCAUGCCUGCAUAACUAAAGAUAAAACUGCU